AUGGCGGAUGGAUUUAAUAGUGUUAGCGUUAUACUCACAAAUCCAAUGAAUGAAUGCAUCAUACGGACUGGUGGUAUAUUUGGGGAUGAAAAAAGGAAUCUUGAUGAAAAUGUAAUACAAAAAGAAUGGUAUGCAAUGACUGAAUUUACAAGGGCAAGUAAGAAAUGGAAACAUCGUAUAAUAAUAAUUAUACAGUUAAAAAGGUAG